AUGGUGGCCUCAAAGCCCCUCAGCCUGGCAGGCAGCCCGCUGGCGCUGAUGCUGACGGGGGUGCUGGUGCUCGCCAGCCUCAUCUCCAUCAUCUUCGUAAGCGGAGGGAACCACUUCCCGGGACCCCUUUUCCUCGGGUUUGUGGUGUUCUCCUUCACCUCCGUCGUCGACUUGCUCAUCUCGCUGGAGGAGGAUGGCUACAUCUCUGGCUUCAUGGAGGUCUACGUCAGAGAGGGCGAGCCCUACCUGCGCACGGCGCACGGCAUCAUGAUCUGUUACUGGGACGGCAUCGUCCACUACGGGCUCUACCUCGCCAUGAUCGCGGCCAUCGGCCAGAGGAAGAGCUACAGGAACCUGGGUCUCUUCUGGCUGGGCUCUCUGAUGAUGAGCAUCGUUGUCUUCCUGCUUGGGAACUUGAUAGGGAAAUACAGCUCCGACCUCAGCCCUGCCUUCCUCCUCAACCUGCCCUACCUCCUCAUCCCCAUCGGGGCUGGGGUGAGGCUCUUCCAGCAGCCCAAGGCCCUGCCAUGCCUCAGCCCCGAGAAGGUUGCAGAGGAGCAACGCAAGCACCUGUACCAGCGGCCCCAGGACAUGGGGCUGGUCCUGCUCCUGCUCCUCACCGCCGCGUUCACCUUCUUCAGGGGGUUG